AUGGAUGUUCAAGGCUCGGAAUCUGUCGCUCGUCGUCCUAACCGGCCAAGCUAUGCCGAAGCUGCGGCCAAGUCUCCCAAAGAAAGUGACUCUGACGUGACCCCAGCGGUCUCAGCUGAUGUCAUCUACAAGCUUCUGGGUUUCACAGCUGCCAUGGCAUUUGCUCCCAUUGGCAUGUACUUUUUGACCCUGAAUUCGAUCUUUGGAGGCAAUGCCACAUAUUCUGGAAUCACAGCAGCCGUCACUGCCAACGUGGUCUUAUUUGCCUACAUUUAUGUCGCCUGGAAGGAAGACCAAGGAGAACAACAAGAAGCCCAGUCCAAGAAAAGCCAGUAA